AUGAAGUUUCAACGACAACUAAAACACCACAGCGUCGUUUUCAGGCGACAUGCCUCGGUAGAUUACCUACUACGGACCUUACCACAAAAGAAAAGCCCAAACAAUAUCCAAAACAUACCGAAGGUGCCCUCAAAACCGCACUCUAACUUACCGCCUCAAGACUUGACCAAACUACUAAUCACCCCCAAAAAACUCACGAUCAAUUUCUGGCCCUCAGCAUACGUCCAGCCGUCGAAGGUGGAGUUGGCAAUGUCCCAAGGAGUAUUUUCCCGUGCCCAAUUUAAGCUUGAGUGGACUUUGGCUCAAUACGACGAUAUCCCAGAUGUGAAAUAUCAGCGAUUGAAAGCUGAACUGGAAGCCACAACUAGUUCUCUGGAAACUCAUAAACGCAAAUCGUUUGGCAUUGAACCCCAUCUAUUGCAUCCCCUUCCAGAAAUUCUUUUUCUUGGUCACACCAAUGUUGGCAAAUCAUCACUCGUCAACAACUUAUUUGGAGAGGGUUCAGGAACAUUAGCAUACGUAUCACGCCAGCCAGGAUAUACCCAGACGAUGAACUGCUACAAUGUAGGCAAGAAAUUUCGUCUAAUUGACAGUCCAGGUUAUGGGAUGCGAGGCGAAGAGAAACAGGGCCAGAUGGUAUUGGAAUACUUGGAACGCAGAAAAGUCCUCCGUCAGGUUUAUGUAUUGAUAGACGCUGCUCAGGGUAUGCUUCCUGAAGACGAAGAAAUGCUUGAACAUCUUAUAGACUCGGGAAUACUGUUCGACAUAGUACUUACAAAGGUUGAUCAGGUGAUAGAUCGGUACGUUGCUCAGCUUCCAUCAAAAGUUAAAGAGGCCAUGAAGAAGGAAAAGACUUUGGCUCCCAAGACCCGGCUCGAUUAUGCCAAUCAAAUCAAAGCUACCAACAGGAAAAUCGAAAACUAUUUUACUGGAUUAAUUGAAGGUGUUGGAUUGAAUGAACUAGUAACACUUCCUCGGAUUUUUUUCAACAAUGCUUACAAGUCGACCUAUGUGAAGCAGUGCUACGGAUAUAAGGAGUUGCGGCAUGCCAUGACACUGGUCUAG